AUGUCUGACCGGAUCUUCUAUAUUCAUUCUAAUUUGUCCUCUGUCCCCUGGGAGGGCAGCACAGCAGCAGGGGCUCCCUCUUCUCCUACACCUGGUCACUACCAUGUCCUCUACCAAGGGUGUGGAGAAACCCAGGUGGGCUGGCAUGGGGAGACGUACUGCCUGGUUGGUGGCUACCGGACCUAUGGGGAUGCUCCUGUGGCCACCCCAGCAAAGACGGAAGCAGAGAAACCAAUUCCCAGCCAGGCUCCCAAAAGACGUCGAGCUAUGGCAGAGUCAAAUAAAGACGUAGGUUGCUCCAGCCCCAAAAUUCGGAGAUUGAAGCAUGGUGGCAGGAGGAUGACCCCAAAGAAGCUUGCUGACUGA